CCACUAAUUCAUCAAUCUCUUUGAAUAUUAACAAUGGUCUCAUUCACCUUAUUCAAAUCAGUCUCUCUUAUGGCUUUUGCUGCUUCUCUUGUCUCUGCCGCACCUGCCAAUAACAAGUGUAGUGGUUUCCAUGUGACAGCUCCUCAUUCUUACUUUACUACUACCGCUGGUCAAUGUUACCAGGUUUCUUUUGACUUUGGAGGUACUAAGCCUGCUCAUCCCGCUUCUGUCUCUGUUGACCUCUAUGAAUCCAAGACUAACAAGUUUGUACGUAAUGUUGCUGAUGAAGUAUCCGGUGACAGCAUUGCUACUCCUUGGUUUAAUGUUGAUGUCGGUAAGAAGACUGGCGACUAUUACUUCCUUGUCACUUAUGGUGACAGCUGUAAGCCUAUCAAGACCCCCGCUUUCCAUGUUGUAUAUAACAAGAACUCUCCUCCUUCUGUCUGUCUCUAAAUAGAUACACUGUUCUGUAAACACCCCCCUCCCCCCUCAUUUGUAAAUUUUUCUUUUAGCUAUCAUGUAUGUACUGCCAUUAUUUAAAUAAAAAUCUUUUUAUUUGUUCAAAAAAAAAAAAAAAAAAAAAAAAA